AUGAAGGAAGUUGGUGGCUCUCUUCGUCAUGCUAUAGGCAAUACGGAUCUGAGUGUGGUACUUGAGGAAUGUGAAUCAACUCAAAAUCAAUACCUCGAAUCAACAUUCAUUAGCUCAGCAAGUUAUUCUACUCCACUUCGACGCGCCCGUGCUGAUACCAUGCCUUCUAUUCUACCUGAGCAAAGUCAUACAACACAUGUUUAUAAUACCAACAAUAGUGGAAGGCAUCGGUCUGGGUCACUUCAUUUGCCAACCCUAUUUGACCCUCCUGUUUUUGGCCAAUCAUGGAUACAGCCACUCAAGCACGAUAUCCUUGGAACUGACAGCGAAUCAUCUAUUGCAUGUACAUUACGCUCUAUUGGGCUCGAGGACAACGAGGGAGAGAGUACACAACAGCAGCAGCAACAACAGCCGCAACAACAGAGGCCAGCGGAACAUCGAAGUCGGUCUUAUUCUGUUAAUGCAGCUGGUUACCAAGAAAAUCGAGUAACCGUGCCAACCACAACCUUUAUUGACCGCCUUGUUGGAAAUCAACCACGUCAGAGGGCAGCAUCUAUGGGACCGAUGGACUAUAGUCCAGUAUGGCAAUGGACACCCCUUCCAGACAAUCCCAAAGACGCUGCUCUUUCACUCGGGGAUUCGGAGCUUUUGGCCAACAUGUUUCAAGACACAACAGAUCAGCAGGAAGUGUAUGCAGGAGAGCAAUCUCUCCAAGACCCACCGACGCCACAGAUACCAUCAAGGUCUUUGUGGAUUGGAAACAUCGAUAGGUCUAUUACAACAGAAUAUCUAACCCACACAUUUAUUGCGUAUGGACCUAUCGAAAGUGUGAGACUAUUGAUGGAAAAAGAAUGUGCGUUCGUAAAUUUCUUUGAGACCGAGGAUGCUAUUCAUGCCAAAGAUGAAGUCUUGGGGCGAUUAAAUGGAAAAAUUGGUCAAUGUACAGUCAGAAUAGGCUAUGGUAGAGCAGAUGCUGUAUCGUCUGAAGCCAAUGUAUCACGGCCUACUCGUGCCUUGUGGCUAGGAAAUCUACCACCAGACACAACAUCCGGAAGUCUUGAGCAGCUGUUUUCAACUUUCGGAUUUGUUGAAUCAGUACGCGUGCUAUCAUAUAAAAAUUGUGCUUUUAUUAAUUUCGAGAAAAUUGACAAUGCAGUGGCAGCCAAAGAAGCGCUAUUAAGCAACGACAUAUUAUUACAGCGUUUACUAGGCACACGCAUUGGGUUUGCCAAAGUACCACCUGCAAAGCCUCAACAAACGGUGGAUAGUCUUGCGAUCCCAUCAAAAUCGUCCAAAAAAUCAAAUGAAACUACCAACACCACAUCAACCGCCACAAAAAACUCGGCACCCAAUACCACUAGCAACGUUACUAAAUCGACAACUGCUUGGAUUAUGGGAAUUGAGCGUAUGUUAAAGGAGUGCGACGCAGAGAGUAUUCCAACGACCAUAAAAGGUUUAAAAGGAUCAACGAGCUAUUUUGAAUCCAUUCCACCUGUCCCAGGAUUUAGCCAAACUCGAAAACACGAUGCAGGGAGGUUAAGAGAAGUUCGAAGACGUCUCGAUAGCAUUGUCAAGUCAGAAGAAGCUGACGGAAUAGCUCAAAAUUACAUGGAUGAUAUGGCAGAGCUCAGUAGUGACUAUAUUGGUAAUACAGUCGUUCAACGGUUAUUCGAGAAGUGCAGUGAGAAAACCAAAACGAUCAUGUUGGAGAAAGUGGCACCGCAUUUGGCAGCCAUCAGCGUCCAUAAAAAUGGCACUUGGGCUGCUCAGAAAAUUAUCGAAACCGUGCGCUCCCCAACCCAUAUACAGUUGGUCUGUCAGCAUCUUAAGCCAUAUAUUCCUCCACUUCUUCUAGAUCCAUUUGGAAAUUAUGCAGUUCAGUGCUGUAUACGACUUGGCCCAGAGCAUAAUCAAUUUGUUUUCUUUGCAAUGGCUCAAAAGAUUGUUAUGAUUGCUCAAGGUAGAUUUGGAGCCAGAGCUACCCGGGGAAUCCUUGAGAGCUCAUUCGUUACUCUGCCGCAGCAGCAACUCAUCGCAGCUGCCCUUCUUUAUCAUGUCGCUCCUUUGUCAGUGCACUCUAAUGGUGCACUCUUACUUUCUUGGCUUAUGGACUCAUCGCUCAUGGAGCAGCGCACAGAGUUAAUGGCUAAUCUAUUUGCUCCACACUUGUCCCUUAUAUGUACACACAAACUAGGCUCCCAAAUGAUCCUCAAAAUCAUUAAUCAAACAACGUGUCUAACCGCUCAACAGAUCAUUGUAAAUCGUCUUCUUGAGCCCACCGUCCUUGAUACCAUCUUAACUGAUUCAAUUCGAGGAGUUUCGUUUGUUCAAAAGGCCUGUAAAAGCUCUCAUUUGGCACCAGACGAGCAAAAAAAGCUCAUCGAUCGGGUCACUAUUAUCCUAGCUGAACACCAAGGACCUACUUACACAAAACUAUUGCAAGAAAUUUCCCUCGGAUAAGAAGUCCUCUUUCUAUGAUAUUCUUUUCUUUCUUUCUUUCGCUUCCGUAUAAGUUGGAAUGCACGUUAUUAAUAGAA